UUAUGGCACGGAGGGUCGUCAAAAAUUUUUUUUGGCACGGGGGAAGAGAGAGAAAAAGGAACUCGAAGUAAUGGCGUCCAAAGUCGAAUCACCUCCAUACCCAAGUGCAGCUAGAAUAUCCGAUUCUUCAUGCUAUCCUCAAUACACCGCGUCUCUCAAGUGUUUAGAGCAAUACAACUCAGAAAAGAGCAAAUGUCAAGAGUUCUUUGAUGUUUACAAGGAAUGCAAAAAGAAGGAGUUGCAAGACUAAGUCUGGUCCCCUAUAUGGCUUUAUCGGGUUUAUACUACCUCGGUCUGUGUGGACAGUGGGGGUAAUUUUUUGCAAAAGUGGCCAUAUCGUGUUAUUGAAGUACACAAAGAAUAGAACUCAUGCCCUGUGUAGAAGGAGCUGAACUCCCUGUAGAAAUACAGGGCUCUGCUGAUAUUCUGGUGUAAGCGGACAGAGGUUUUGCAUUCCUGGGAAGUUCAGUUUGGGAUUUAAUUCAUAAACGUCUGGAACUUAUAGUCUGGAUUCUGAUACAAGAAUGAUACCUGUAUCUGGAUGUCAAUUCCUGUUCGAAUAUGAGUUUCCUGAAGUUUAGCAUCUUGCAAUGCUUUCCGUGUCGGAUAUACUCCUGUCUUGGAUAUAAAUUCUUAGUGGUAGUCAGUAAUGGAUGAAAGCAACACUUCGUAUCACAUUCCUUUUCCUGUAAUCGUGAUAGGAUCUGGAGUCAUGUCUCCGCAAACUUCAAGCACCCCAGCUUGAGCUCAAGCCUGCCAAAUGCCAACCAGGGUGUGCAGGCCAUUAACAUCAAGCUCAGAAUUGAGAAUUCUAAGGUGGUUCAUUCUUGAAAUUCAUUAUUAGUUUAAGGCAUUUCAUUCUUGAAAUUCAUUAUUAGUUUAAGGCA